AGAUGGUUGUGCCAAAUUUAUAAUACAAUGAGAGUGUCAAAAGUAUUAACGUUGGCUAGUUUCAUAUCAGUCUGCUCGUAUUCAGAAGCAAAAUCCAACGAAACUGAUCCGAAUGGAUAUAUUGUGUUUUGUCCGUGCAUGGGUAGAUUUGGCAACCAAGUUGACCAAUUUCUCGGUGUUCUUGCAUUUGCAAAAGCUCUCGAUAGAACACUAGUACUACCCAAUUUCAUCGAAUUCAAGCAUCCUGAAACGAAGAUGAUUCCGUUUGAAUUCUUGUUUCAAGUGGGCACAGUCGCAAAGUACACCCGAGUAGUCACCAUGCAAGAAUUCACAAAAAAGAUCAUGCCAACAGUGUGGCCCCCAGAAAAGCGGAAAGCAUUUUGUUGGACUCCGCGUCAAGCGAUCUACGAUAAAUCUGCAGAACCAGGAUGCCAUUCGAAAGAGGGUAACCCCUUUGGACCUUAUUGGGAUCAAAUUGAUGUUUCAUUUGUUGGCGAUGAGUAUUUCGGAGAUAUUCCUGGAGGAUUCGAUUUGAAUCAAAUGGGAAGCAGAAAGAAAUGGCUAGAAAAGUUUCCGUCGGAAGAGUACCCCGUUUUGGCAUUUUCCAGUGCUCCAGCUCCAUUUCCUUCCAAAGGAAAAGUCUGGUCUAUUCAGAAAUAUUUAAGAUGGUCCUCACGAAUUACCGAACAAGCCAAGAAAUUCAUUUCGGCCAACUUGGCAAAACCUUUUGUCGCUGUUCAUUUAAGGAAUGACGCUGAUUGGGUACGAGUUUGUGAGCACAUUGAUACAACUACGAAUCGGCCAUUGUUUGCCUCGGAACAGUGUCUUGGCGAGGGGCAUCAUCUGGGCACACUUACCAAAGAAAUAUGCUCACCGAGCAAACAACAAAUUUUAGAGCAGAUCGUUGAAAAAGUGGGAUCAAUUGGAGCAAAGUCGGUGUUCGUAGCAAGCGACAAAGAUCAUAUGAUAGAUGAAAUAAACGAGGCUUUGAAGCCAUAUGAGAUCGAAGCUCAUCGUCAAGAACCUGAUGACAUGUACACAUCACUUGCCAUCAUGGGAAGGGCUGACUUGUUUGUUGGAAAUUGCGUCUCCACAUUUUCACAUAUUGUAAAACGAGAACGAGAUCAUGCUGGACAAUCUCCAAGACCUUCUGCAUUUUUUGGAAUCCGGGCGGUCAAAAGACAUAUCGAUUUGUGAUCUAAUAUUUUCUACUUAGAUCUCCAAAAGUUUGUGAUACACUAACAAUUGUAACUUUAUUAUUACUUAAUAAAACAACUAGUCAUG